AUGCGCUUCGCACAGUCCCUCGACGUCGAGGCGAUGACGCCAGGCCCACUCGCGCUCGUCACAUCCUCUGACACGCCCAACGAGGCGACAGCUUUCCCCCCUCUAUCGUCGUCCUCGUCGUCGUCCCGCGGCGCCGCGGACGAACUGCCUGUCGCUGGCGAUCUGGAUCGUCGGCGGCCCAGCUCGAGUACGCAAGUGUCCGACUCUGUCACGCUUUCGAACGUGUCCCUCAAUGUGUUUUCGUCCCCGGACACCGACCCGGCCUCCAGUGCCAUGCUUCUGCUGCCCAGUGACGGCGGUGGCGAUGCCACGGCUAUGGCAUCGUCGGCAUCACUGCCACGCCCGCUAUCUGCCGCUGACAAGCAUUUGCCCGUCUCCUCGCCGCUGCUAUCCCAUUUUCCCCGCUCAGGCAGUGUGUCGCCCGCGCGGUCCAUGUCCUCGUUCGCCACCCAACGCACCGACGACGCAGAUGCCACGCGGCCCACGCUGCAUGGCGCAGCAGCUGGCGCACAUGCCGCUGGCGAUCAAAGAACGCAACUCUAUGUGCGCAAUUUGCCCCCACACGUUCGGUGGCAGGACCUCAAGGACCUGUUCCGCCGAGCAGGCACCGUGCUUCGAGCUGAUGUGCACGCAUCGCCGUUCGGCCUGCGCCACAUCGUCAGUGGGACCGUGCUAUUUGCCACCGAGACAGAUGCGCACCAUGCGAUCAACACGCUGCACGGAUACAACUGGCACGGACACGUGCUUGAGGUGGGGUUGGACGAGCACAUUGCGGGGCGCAUCGAUGGAUCGCGUCGUCUGUCACGUCCUCACGCCGGCGGAGACGCGCGGCACGGCUUGGGUGCCUCGCAUGCGUCCGCGCCACCGGUGCCGCUGCCGUACCCCGGGCGUGUGUUGUUUGUGGGCAACCUGCCGUUCCACUGCCAGUGGCAGGACCUGAAAGACUUGUUCCGUGCCGCCGGCAAUAUUCUACGCGCGGACGUCGCACUGAACGAGGACGGUCGCAGCCGCGGGUUUGGCACGGUGCUGUUUGCGUCACCGGAAGAUGCGCAGACGGCGGUGCGUCUGUACCAUGGCUACGAGUACAGCGGACGUAUCCUCAAGGUGCACUUUGAUCGGCACACGCCGUGCGGGCCUGCCUCGUUCAUGGUGCCCACGGACCCGUCGCAGUACACGUCCGCGUUCCACACCCGCCGAAUGGCGCCAUCCGCGCCUGUGCUGCCGCCCAUGCCAGCGCCCCUGCUCUCUCCCUUUCCUCCGCAGCCGCAUGUCAUGCCCGACAUGGCCCACAUGGCACCUAUGCAGGAGACUGCCUCGCCAUGGACGCACGCAGCGGCACCGCGACCAGCCGAUGCACCGCGGUCAUCGCAUCCUGCGCCCUACCCACACCCCGGUCGGAUUGCCCUACCGCCCGUAUCAUUUCCCAUGAUGGGCGCGAUGACGCCCGGUGUACCGCUCACGCCCGGUAUGCCAGGCUUCAUGAUGCGCCCCGCGCUCGAGACGCCUCCCGUAUACCCAUACCUCAUGAGUCCUGGCCUGGCGAUCCAUGCUCCAGGCGUCUCGAGUGGCUUCAAUCCGUACCUGAAUACCACGCCUGGCGCCCCUGUCGACAUGCAUCAUGCCAUGGCGAUGGCACAGCCUGCGUCGCCUUUGCCACCGACGCCCCACUGGUCCCAACCUGUCCGCCAACGCACUCGCGCGCCGUCCACCUCCAAGCCCUCCGCGCUGCAGGAUGCACCGCCCGUGUCUCCCUCCGCGCAAGUGUCACCCACAUCAGCGGCGCCUACAGAGGGGGGCGAAUACCCAUUCCCUGGCACCACGGCCACCGUGGAGCCGGCACCGUCGCAGGCGCUGCCCAAGGACGACUCGCCUGUGCUUUCGAGCACGCGCGAGCUCACGAGUGCGAUUGCCAAAAUGAGCGUGCGUGGCACGGCCCGAGCCAAGCGCACCUCGGCGCACCUGGACAAGAGCACGCCGGGGGACGCGGCGUCCACGGAGGAACGCGCCACAGCCGAAGCGGCCUUGUCGCGUCUACGACAGGACUUGGCUAUGAAGGACAAGGGGCAGCCUCUGCAUCUCGCGACCGAUGCCUGA